UCCCUCUCCUCUCUCUCUCUCCCGGUUUCCUUUUCAUCUUCCUUCGUCUCUCGCCAUGUCUCCCUCCCUGCAGUUGGUGCACUCGCAUUUUUUACACGUUUCAGCAAACACUGUUUGUAAUGAUCGUUCACCGCCGAGUGAGACCCCAACGCAUGGGCUUCAAUUAAUUCUCAGUAAAGUAAUUGGCUUUCGCAUCAUUAGAACAUGGCUUAAUUAUUGUUAAAUGUUCAUCGAACGAUAAAUAUACUGUGUAAUAAGAAGAAGAAGACUUUAAUUUGAAGAAAUUGGAGGAUGUCAUGCCGCAGCCAAAAACGAGGAGGAAAAUUUAAGUGCAUCUGUGACGCAGCAGACAUAACAAAAUUAAAAAAUAAUUUCGGAAUCCCUGCAACAUAUAAACCCAAGUGUUUCGCCGUUGUUACGUUAAUUCGAUACAACAAAGGAACUACAAAGUUUUGGGUGCCCUCGGCAAAAACUCUGUCGAAAAUAGCGUUGGACUAUAUAAUGCAAAGGGAAGGAAAAGAAAAGAAGAUCCGUUUCCCCAAGGACUUCGUUAAGAAAACACACGAAUACCAAGAGCUCGGAAAGGGGACCGGCGAAUGUGCCGAUGAGAAACGAAGGGUAGGAUUUCAAAUCUGUACCCUUGCACGAGCAAAAGCAAUUGGUCCUAGACGAGACGAGAGGAGAGCAGUGGGGAUUGGCCACGCACGUAAAUGGGUAUAGUUGUAACGGCUACAAUGUUACAGCCAACCGUGCGGUCGCAACGGAGUGUGAGCAAAUUUCAUAGCAUGGGCGAGAACCACAGCCGCAAUAAAAGACGAGCGCAUGCACGAACGUGGUCGUAUACUGGAAGACCAAUGGCGACGCGUACGAACGCGCGACAGUGAGUCGAAAAGAGGUAAGCUGUGUGGGUGCGUGUGUAUGUGGAAGAUGUGCACACGACAUAGAGCAGAUAAACGUGUGGACGACAUGUGAAAACGUUGCAGCGACUGCACCAGCUACUGCGGCAACGCUGCGGUUCAGUUUAUUCAUGCCCGGCAAAAUAUUUCAUGCAAGUCUGUGAGGAAGUUUUCGUUGGAUUAUGCACGGCGGGACAUCGUACCGGCUAAAAUUGUCCAACUAUCAAAAGUCAGCCGGGCCGCUGCGCGGCCCGACGGCCGCGUGGUGUUCGUAUUACCGAACAAAGUGGUAAUUUAUAAUUUCGGCUACGUCAGGUUUGCAUUUCGAUUGUCUUAACUCUGUGCGGCGGUGUUAUUUCUCCCGGUCACGACACCGCUCGCAUGUUAGAUCUUAUCAGAGACAUGCAAUUCUGUUUUAAAGCAUUAUCCUGUAAUUUAUUAUACUGAUUUCGUCCUCAAAGAGAGAAGAAUAAAUAAUCAGCUAAAGUACCCUAACCUAGCACAGCGAAGCAUAAAUAUUUUUCAGGGUUGCAUACACUGACGCGCUGCAAUAACGUACAUCCAAGCAGCAAUUAUUAAAAGAUGAAAUAUUUAUAUGUAUUUCUUAGAAAUUUAAUUAAAAUUAUGUUAUUAAUGGUAUAAUACAGAACAAAAUUUAAAGUCAGAGAUCACAUAUUGUGACCUCGAAU